GAUGGAUAUUAUGUCAAGCUUCACUCGGACCAAAUCGGAAAGCUGUAUACACCCGCCCCUCAUAUUGAAGAGGUUUACAUCUCGCAGCUGGUGAUCAAUUACUUUUCAGAAGUGAACCUGAUGGACCCUGAUCACCCGAUUCCUGAAUUUAACCAUCUUUUUCCUUCUAAUGCACCCGACCGCAAGUGCUUCUGGGUACGCAACGAGCGAGGACGACCGUUUCAGCUCACCGUCGAGAAAGAAUAUGGCCUGGAAAACGAUGCCCGGGCUGCUCGCUAUAAGAAAGCAGCACGCAGUAUUGAGUCAGCCGGAGGUUGGAACCGUUGCAUUAACCCAGCCAUCCAACUUUUCAUAGUGCCGUGCCCCGGAGUUAAAAUCGACUUUCUUUAUCACUGCAUCAAUGCCGCUAAGGUCAAACGUACAACGCGCCAAGACGUAACGCUCAUUUCUAGCGAAAAGCUAGACGAGAUGACGAAUGGGGUCGCUUUACAUUGGUGGCUUCAUCGGGCUGCAUUCUCGUGGGGUGGUCUCAAUGGUGACUAUCACACGUCCCAAGUCCCGGAAAACCUCAUAUUCGGUACCAGCGAGUAUAACUCUCUUAUGACAAGAUAUGAGAAGUACUUUCAAGACUAUGUCAGACGAUGUGCAUGUACCAAUAAGCGCUACACUUUCAAGCUGGACACGGAAAUUCACCGCCACCCCUUCGCUAAUUCUGAGCUUCCGUUCUGGCUUUGCUACGUCAUGUCUUACCAAUUUGACGUGAUAGAAGCCAAUGAAGUUGUAGAAACUUAUAGCGAUGAUUUCCACCCCUUUCGACGCGGGUUCUUUACUUGGUUUGAGCAGGACCUCGACACUGCUAUCCUGGACCGCUCUUUUGGGGAGUGGCCCGUUCAUAUCGCAGAGGAGUAUGACUAA